AUGAGGAGAGGAGAGGACGCGGUAUUGGCUGGUGGUUUCUCGUACGUAGCGUACACGAUGGGAUGGAGGGAAGGUGGGAGACCCGAUGGAGACCACCUAGAAGAAGAAGACGAGGACGUGGAGGUGGUGGUUGGGUGCGAGGGGAAGGAAAAGAAAAUCCCAGGCCUGCCUCUUGCUCCUCGCGCUGCUCUUCCCUUCCCCCGCCCCCGCCAGUGCCGCCUCGCUGUCCCCGCUCGAGUUCCGCGCCGGUGCGGGGGCGCCGCGGUCGCGCUGGCACGGGCCUCUGACGGGGCCGUCAACUGGAGCCGCCCCGACGCCCCCGCGGUGGAGGAGGUGGUCUGGCCCGACGGGGUCGACUUCGUCGCCGGCGAUGGCGCCCUGGCGUUCGGCACCGGCGUCAGGGACAUGGACAUAGUAGGCCCGUUCGAGCUGGUGGUCUCCGAUGGCGCUGGCGGGGGCCUCGCAGAGCUCCAGCUGCCGUCGGUGUCCUGUCUCCGGCGUUCUUGAGCACCAUUGGGUCGAGGAAGGAGAAGCCAUCCUAUGGACUAGAACAGUUUGUGUGAGAUUUUAUUUUCUGGUGGGUUUAUUAGCUGGCUUGGAAAUGCUCCCUUGACAUUGUCCCAUUCAUCAACACAAAGAUUGUCAGCCUUUACCCAAUUGCAAGAUCUUCAGAAUAAAAAAGGGGAGACUGAGACCGGUAGAAAAGAGAUUCUUCAGUACACAAUAUAUGCAUCUGUUGAUUUUGCAAUUGUCCAGGUUAGAUUCUCUGAAAUAUUCAAGGAUCUCUUGGACAUUUUUUUGGGCAUUGUUGAUCCAUGAAUCAGCUGUUUUCGAAUUCGGAAACAGUUGAAUUCCUGGAAAACCAUUUCACCACACGUGUUCAGUUUGUUAUUUUGAGUCCAUGCCCCCUGCUUACACAGCGGCGAGGCCAACCAGGGCGUACAGGGGCGGAGUCAGCAACUUGGUAGUGCGUCCAUUUACGCGUGGCGGCCUGCGGAUUUGGGUGCAUGACAGCCGGCCAACAUGCUGUGUGGGCGUGAUGUUGUCGACAUGUUGUACAUGAGUGUUGGCUGCCAGAGGCGCGCAUGGCUGACCGAUAUGUGUGUGGUGCGUGAGGAUAGCUUUAUUCAUAUUCUUCCAAUUUCGAGAGAGGAAGAGAACUCAGUAGUACUGCCAAUUUUGGCACGCAAUGUUCGUUUUUCAGAUUCACCAUGAUUGGUAAUGUUGUUUAGUACUUUAACUUUGUCAUGGUUCAAUAAAUAGGCAGUUAAUUUU